GUCAUGUAAAUAGGGGAUAUAUUGAUUAAAAAUUGUGCCCAUUCGCAUAGAUGAUAUUUAAAAAAGAAAAUGAUUCAAAAUAAUUGACAUAUUGUGCCGUAGUUUUGUAACCUUUUAAGUGUGCUGUGGUUAAUGCAUGUGCCUUUUAGUAUUUCGCUUUCAAAGUUGGACUUCUUUGAUCCAAAUUAUGAUUUUGCUUCAAUGACAUGUGCGAAGUUUAAGGGGCAAAUGAACUGUGUCUCCCAAUUUUUUAAGGGCCCAAAUUGUCCAUGUAGACAUUGCAAACAUUUUCAACAAGUGGCAUGAGAUUGAUCUCUAAGAUGGAUUUUCUUCAAAAAACAACAACAUCAAUAACAUCGCAUAAACCAAAAGAUGAAUGUGACCAAGAGAAUGAUUUCAAAACUCAACUAUUGAUCAUUGCUGGUGUGUCAGUCAUUAUUGGACUAGUGAUGUGUUUAGCAGGGUACAGAUUGUUUAAGUUAAUCCUGUUUCUAACUGGAUUCUUUGUGGGUUUUUUCACAAGUUAUGUUAUUUGUUCACUUUAUUUGACUGACCAUAUCGAAGGCAAUGCUGCUGAUUAUAAGGACCAGAUUUAUCUUGGAUUAUCAUUUUGUGUGGGCUUGAUAGGAGGAUUAUUGACCUUGUGUUUGUACUAUGUUGGCUUGUUUGUCUUGGGUGCAACAUUGGGUUGGUUUGCAGGAAUGGCACUGCUACCUUUAUUCAAAUCUGAAGCACAUUAUCUUGCUGAUAAUAUGUGGUUACCAUACAGCAUCUGCACUGGCUGUGCUAUAUUUGCAGGGCUCUUGAUGUUGUGUAUACAGAAGGUGAUAAUUAUUUUAUCGACAGCAUUUCUCGGUUCUCUUUUGUUUAUCAACGGUAUUGACUACUAUGUUGAGAAAGGAAGAGUUGUGACGUACACCGUAAACAUUAUGCAAGGUAGUCAUUAUUACCUCCCCAACUGUUGGUACACUUGGCUAGUGAUAAGUCUCCUGCCUAUUCUCUUCAUUGUUGGAGUGAUUGUACAACAUGUUAAAACCAGUAAAGGUGUCGACCACAGACUUGCAUCAGGUCGUGUUCUGGUUGUUGAUAGCCAAAUGAUUGAAAUGCAAAAUGACGAGGCUGAAACACCGUUACUCAAUGCGGAAUACACAUGAUCCUGUUACCAAAAUAUUGGCUUGUAGAGUUGUAUCCGUGAUUUAAUUUGGCCUAUAUUUUCAUAAUUUCCAUGUUAAAGAGCUUUUGUAAUCACAUCUGAUGUGACCAAUAACCGGUUCCUUCAUUUUUAACCACACGUUUUUAGUUCGCAGUAUCUACAACUAACAAUGCACGGAAUAUGUCAGAAACCAUAUACAGAAUAUGUCACGUUCUAGAUCAGUGGAAUGAGUGGAUGUCACUAACUGUUUUAGACUGUUUAAAAUAAUUUAUCCUUUGUAAUUUACAAUUGGCUAUUCCAAAGUUGCAGUAGAGGACUGGUUAAUAGUAGCUAGUUUUAACAAUUCAUCAUGGGACGGUUUUUGAGACGUUAACGAAAGGCUAGAACUC